AAAUUUUGAAACUUUGUAUAGUAAAUCGUGGAAUAUUUGUUGUAACAUUGUGAUCGUGUACUCUAUAGUAUCUAGUCUUCAUGGUCAUACUUUGAAAUUUAAACUAACCUUUACUAUAUUAAUACAUUUGCUCACCGUGUUACCGUUAUUAUAGUUUGCACGUGCUUGUACUUUCUUUUUUGAUCCGAAAUUGUUAUAAUUGUUGUAAUAUAAUAAAUUUGCUUAUCAAAAUCAAUACAAUAUGGCUGAUAAAGACGAUGUUGAAAAAACAAUUGCAGAAGACUUGGUGGUAACCAAGUAUAAAAUGGCUGGAGAUAUUGUGAAUCGUGUUCUAAAGCAAGUACUAAAUAAGUGUAUUACUGGAGCUUCUGUAAGAGAAAUUUGCGAAUAUGGCGAUUCUUUACUUGUUGAAGAAACAAGUAAAGUAUUUAAGAAGGAAAAAGAUUUGAAAAAGGGCAUUGCUUUCCCAACUUGUCUUUCAGUGAAUAACUGCAUAUGCCAUUUUUCUCCGAUUUCAAGUGAACCGGAUCUUCAUCUAAAAAAUGAUGAUAUUGUUAAGAUUGAUCUGGGAGCCCACAUUGAUGGUUUCAUUGCAGUUGUAGCGCACACAAUUAUUGUAAACGCAUUAGCUGAUACAAAAAUUCAUGGACGAAAAGCUGAUGUAAUACUUGCUGCUCAUUAUGCUUCGCAAGCUGCUUUAAGGCUCCUUAAACCUGGUAUUGAGACUUACACUAUCACUGAAACUGUUGGACAAAUUUGUGAAUCCUAUAAAUGUAAACCAGUGGAAGGAAUGCUUAGCCAUCAGUUAAAACAGUUUAAAAUCGAUGGUGAAAAAACUAUAAUACAAAAUCCCAACGAUGCUCAAAAAAAAGAGCAUGAAAAAUUUACGAUGGAGAUGCAUGAGGUGUAUGCUAUGGAUGUCAUAGUUAGUACCGGUGAAGGAAUCGGUAAAGAACAAGACACACGAGUUACGAUUUUUAAGAAAACUGAAGAGACGUAUCAACUUAAAUUGAAGGCAUCUCGCUCAUUUUAUUCUGAAGUUUCUCAUAAACAUGGUCUAAUGCCAUUCAAUCUUCGUACAUUUGAAGACGAAAAGAAGGCUAAAAUGGCUGUUGUGGAGUGUGUUAAUCAUAGAUUAAUUGAACCGUUUCAGGUGUUGUAUGAAAAACAGAAUGAGUAUGUUGCACAGUUCAAAUUUACGGUAUUAUUGAUGCCAAGUGGUCCACAUAAAAUUACAGGUAUACCUUUUGACCAGGACUUAUACGCAUCAGAUUAUGCAGUGGAAGAUACUACUCUUAAAGCCUUAUUAAAUACUUCCGCAAAUCCAAAAUCUGCAAAAAAGAAGAAGAAGAAGGCUGAAAAGACUGCAGGAGAUGGACCUAUUGAAACAAGUUAAAAACAUGAAUUAAUAUCAAUGUAUUGAUAAUAUCAAUUCUUAUAUAAUUAAAAAAAAUAAAGGAAAAUUCUAUUUGUUUACCGAAUAUUAAAAAACAGGAAAAUUUUUCACCAAUGAAGCGUUGGAAUGUACUAUUAUGAUUAAGUGUUCUGUGAAACAAGCAUUGUCAAUCCUGCAUUACUGUUAUUCCGCAUUAAGUACGUAUACAAUUUCUCGUUUUUGGAGAAUAAAACACUACAUUACCUUACACUAAAAA